GGGCAGGAUUGUGUUCGUUUGAGGCGAUCGCCUUCCUUCGCUUUCGCACUUGGCCGAAGUGAUCUGAGUCUCACAGGGGAGACUGGAGUUAAUCACGUUAGCUCAAAUAUCACGGAACUUUUUUUUUUUGCGCCAGACAAGACGUUCUGGGACUUGUGGUUUUUGCUUCUGAAAACGGACUCCUAGCCUGACAGCCGACGGAAGUGAGGCUGCGGGGGAAUGGCCGCGGCGGCGACCAUGGCGGCUGCUGCCCGCGAGCUGGUGUUGCGGGCCGGGGCCUCAGAUAUGGAGGAGGAGGAGGGCCCGCUGGGGGGUGCUUCUGGACUCCAAGAGCCCCUGCAGCUUGGGGAGCUGGAUAUCACCUCUGAUGAAUUCAUCCUGGAUGAAGUGGAUGUUCACAUCCAAGCAAAUCUGGAGGAUGAGUUAGUGAAGGAAGCUCUCAAGACGGGUGUGGAUCUGCGACACUAUUCGAAGCAGGUGGAGCUGGAGCUGCAGCAGAUUGAGCAAAAGUCCAUCCGGGACUAUAUCCAAGAGAGUGAAAACAUUGCGUCUCUGCACAAUCAGAUCACAGCCUGCGACGCUGUCCUGGAGCGCAUGGAGCAGAUGCUGGGAGCUUUCCAGAGUGACCUCAGCUCCAUCAGCUCCGAGAUCCGGACCCUGCAGGAGCAGUCAGGAGCCAUGAACAUCCGACUUCGUAACCGACAAGCAGUGCGGGGGAAACUUGGGGAACUUGUAGAUGGGCUAGUGGUGCCCUCUGCUCUGGUCACAGCAAUUCUGGAAGCUCCAGUGACAGAGCCCAGGUUCCUGGAGCAGCUGCAGGAGCUGGACGCCAAGGCAGCUGCGGUCAGAGAGCAGGAGGCGAGAGGCACAGCUGCCUGUGCAGAUGUCAGGGGCGUGCUAGACCGGCUGCGGGUCAAGGCAGUGACAAAGAUCCGCGAGUUCAUCCUUCAGAAGAUUUAUUCCUUCCGCAAGCCAAUGACCAACUAUCAGAUCCCCCAGACAGCCCUGCUGAAAUACAGGUUCUUCUACCAGUUCCUGUUGGGCAAUGAGCGAGCAACAGCAGAGGAGAUCAGGGAUGAGUAUGUGGAGACACUGAGCAAGAUCUACCUGUCUUACUUCCGCUCCUACCUGGGGCGGCUCAUGAAAGUGCAGUACGAGGAGGUUGCUGAGAAAGACGAUCUAAUGGGUGUGGAAGACACAGCAAAGAAAGGAUUCUUCUCGAAGCCGUCCCUCCGAAGCAGGAACACCAUCUUCACCCUGGGCACCCGGGGUUCUGUCAUCUCCCCCACUGAACUUGAGGCCCCCAUCCUGGUGCCCCAUACUGCUCAGCGUGGAGAACAGAGGUAUCCGUUCGAAGCUCUCUUCCGCAGCCAGCACUACGCCCUCCUCGACAAUUCUUGCCGUGAAUAUCUUUUCAUCUGUGAAUUUUUUGUUGUAUCUGGCCCAGCUGCACAUGACCUAUUCCACACUGUCAUGGGUCGCACACUUGCCAUGACCCUGAAACACCUGGAAUCCUACCUAGCCGACUGCUACGACGCCAUUGCCGUUUUUCUCUGCAUCCACAUUGUUCUCCGAUUCCGCAACAUUGCAGCCAAGAGGGACGUGCCUGCUCUGGACAGGUACUGGGAGCAGGUGCUUGCCUUGCUGUGGCCUCGGUUUGAGCUGAUCCUGGAGAUGAAUGUCCAGAGCGUCCGCAGCACCGACCCCCAGCGCCUCGGGGGGCUGGACACUCGGCCCCACUAUAUCACACGCCGCUAUGCUGAGUUCUCCUCUGCACUGGUCAGCAUCAACCAGACCAUCCCCAAUGAACGCACCCUGCAGCUGCUGGGACAGCUACAGGUGGAGGUGGAGAAUUUUGUCCUCCGAGUGGCUGCAGAGUUCUCCUCCAGGAAGGAGCAGCUUGUGUUUCUGAUCAACAACUACGACAUGAUGCUGGGUGUGCUGAUGGAGCGGGCUGCCGACGACAGCAAAGAGGUGGAGAGUUUCCAGCAGCUGCUCAAUGCUCGGACACAGGAAUUCAUUGAGGAGUUGCUAUCUCCUCCCUUCGGGGGUCUGGUGGCAUUUGUGAAGGAGGCUGAGGCUUUGAUUGAGCGUGGACAGGCUGAGCGCCUUCGAGGAGAAGAAGCCCGAGUCACUCAGCUGAUCCGUGGCUUUGGUGGCUCCUGGAAGGCGUCGGUGGAGUCUCUGAGUCAGGAUGUCAUGCGGAGUUUCACCAACUUUAGAAAUGGAACCAGCAUCAUCCAGGGGGCACUGACCCAGCUGAUCCAGCUCUACCAUCGCUUCCACCGGGUGCUGGCGCAGCCGCAGCUCCGAGCGCUGCCAGCCAGGGCCGAGCUCAUCAAUAUUCAUCACCUCAUGGUGGAGCUCAAGAAACACAAGCCCAACUUCUGACUUGGUCCCCGGGCUGACAGCUCCCAUGGACUCUGCACCGCACACAGUGUCACCUGGGUCCCCUUCCCCCUCCUGUUGUCUCUGAGGCUUCCACACUCCUCCCCCAGCCUCCAUUGAGGACUCUGCCUCAAGAGAGUGUGCCCAAGUCGCUUCUUCCUGGACUUCCUGGACCUUUACCAUUUCCCCAUCCCUGUCACCUCCGCCCCUGAUGGGUCGCACCUGUGAAAGCUUCCACUGCUUCUGCCAUUGCGGCUCAGCUCUUAAGACAGAGCUGUGGAGGCUGCCUCUGCUCUCCUGUAACUUGGUGGACCCUUGGUCUCCUCUUGAACACUAACCCAUCACCUCCUGGCUGGAGCUCAGUCUCUCUGUCUGUUGUCUGUCUGUCUGUAGGCAAUAAUAAGUGCUAAUGUGCCGACA